GGUGACAGCACUGAGCUAUGUAUUUUGCUUCCUUUGAUGGCUUCCUUUUUACAAAUGGCCUUUUCCGCCUGGUGGUAGUGCUACGAAGGAAUUAGGUUAAUUUAUAUAAAGAAGACUCGUUGGGAAAAUGGCCGAUGAUUACGACAAUUUCGAUGAUCCCCAUACCGGUGUGAUAGCACCAGCAGUUGCAGAAUUGCCUGAAAUAAAAUUGUUUGGAAGAUGGAGUUGUGAUGAUGUACAAGUGUCUGAUAUGUCUUUGCAGGAUUACAUUGCAGUAAAAGAGAAAUAUGCCAAGUAUUUACCUCAUUCAGCAGGUAGAUAUGCUGCAAAACGUUUUAGGAAAGCACAGUGCCCCAUUGUAGAACGUUUAACAAACUCCUUAAUGAUGCAUGGGAGGAACAAUGGUAAAAAGUUGAUGGCUGUUCGUAUAGUUAGGCAUGCCUUUGAAAUAAUACAUUUACUAACUGGUGAAAAUCCGCUUCAGAUCCUUGUAACAGCCAUCAUUAACUCUGGGCCCCGAGAAGAUUCUACUCGUAUUGGACGUGCAGGUACCGUCAGACGACAGGCAGUUGAUGUUUCCCCAUUGAGACGUGUCAACCAGGCAAUCUGGUUAUUAUGCACAGGAGCCAGGGAAGCUGCAUUCCGUAACAUUAAAACAAUUGCUGAAUGCUUAGCUGAUGAACUCAUCAAUGCUGCUAAGGGCUCAUCAAAUUCGUACGCUAUCAAGAAGAAAGACGAGUUGGAGCGUGUUGCUAAGUCUAAUCGUUAA